AUGAUCCAUUGCAGAUAUCGUCGCUUGGUGGAUUCCAUCUACCCACGAGCAAUCACUGAUGGACUCAUUUCGUCUAAUAUGCAAAAACUUAUAUUCUACGCGAUUUCUCAUCCAGAGAAACUCGAACGAAUUGGCGAAUACUUAGUGCUGCGCAUGAGCAGAGACCUUGGUCGACUACGAUAUGUGCAGGUUAAGAUUGCUGUCGAAGCUAUGGACCAACUGUUGCAGUCGUGUCAUAGCUCACCUAGUUUGCCGCAAUUUAGUGAAAAUCAUCUGAAAAUGGUGCAGAAGCUGUUAGAGUCGAAUAAUCCUAAAAUGGAGGUGAGUUUCACAUAUGAGCAUGUUUUCUCAUGAUA